UUACAAUCGAAUACACUUUAAUUUCUGUAAAUAGAUAAUAUUCAAAAUAAAUAAUGCGGUGGAGUGAAGCAGUUACUUUAGAAUUUGUUAAGAUUUACUUAAAACACGAAUGCCUAUGGAAUCCAGCUCAUCCGGGAUACAAACUGAAAAGCCAAAGAGAUAAAGCCUACGUCGAUAUAUGCACCCAAUUUAAGGCUUCCACAAAUAAAGUACUAUCGGUUCCGGAGGUUAAAAUGAAAAUUAAAAAUUUAAGAACAACAUACGUCCAACAAGUACACAAAAUACUACAGAAAUCAAGUCCGAACUCUAUAUACGAACCGUCAUUAAUCUGGUUUCACGAUAUGGAUCGAUGUUUGAAAAACAUAACAACAAACAGACAUCCGAUUUUAUGUGACAACCCCCAAGAAUCGGCUGAAGUGGAUUCUUCUUGUCAAAUAUGGGUGGAUCAAGAACUGCAAAAUGGUGUUACAGAGGAAGUAAAUCCUGAUCCUCUAAUACCACAAACUGAUGAAGAGUAUGAUUCUACAAGAGCAGAUGAUACUGUCUCGAAAAUAAAAAAAGAAAGGAACACACUGUCAAGCUACAAAAAAAUUAAAAAGAAAAAAUUAAAGCACAGGAGUCCGGUGCAAGAUUAUUCAACAGAUUCAAAUUCAGAAUGCUUGGCGAAUGAAGAUGAAUUUGAUAUCUAUGGCAAAUUUAUUGCUGUUCAACUAAGGAAAAUGGACUUGCAUAAAGCUCUGAGACUCCAGCUCGAAAUACAGAAUCUUGUAAGUGAGGCUAGAAUCGCUGAUAUGUGUAAUAAUUAAUUACUUCUUAAGUAUAACUAUCUUUAAUGUUAUAAACAAAAUAUUUUUAUUAUUAUUUAUCAUCGCACAAUAUGUAAUAUUAUAGG